AUGGCCUCCAAGAUUACUCCCCGAAUCUUCAGACAUGUAUCUCGGUCUUUAACCAGAGAUUUUCCCCGCACUAGAACCAACUUUUACCUCUCAACUACACGCGUUUGUGCUUAUUCAGCCUCCGCACCUCGGAAAACAACUACUGUUACCCAACAUCUUCCUUCUUCCCCAACUGUCCUUCUUUCUUUACCCUCUACUGAGUAUCUUGAGCAAGAAGAAAUUGACGUUAAGCUUCUACCUCCUGAAGAUGCCAAGGUAAUAAUCACCGAUAGAGCUGCGGAGCAAUUACGAAAGAUGUCUGAACGAGAGCAAGAUCCAGAUGCUGCUCUGAGGGUGGCGGUAGAAUCUGGGGGAUGUCAUGGCUACCAGUACAAAAUGGAGUUAGCGAAGAGUCGGUCUUUGGAUGAUUAUCAUUUCUCGCACCCUACAAUCAAACCUUCAAAUAUCCUUGUCGAUGCCGUCUCACUUACUUUACUGAAUGGGGCCACGAUAGAUUUCGCGACUGAACUUAUUGGGAGUAGUUUCCGAAUAUCCGAAAACCCGCAUUCGAAAGGUAGUGGGUGUGGAUGUGGAGUCAGUUGGGAACUCAAAACAUAG